AUGCAGAAACAGUUAAAACUAGACAUCGCCGUUAUUGGUGCAGGAUGGUAUGGGUGUCAUACUGCCUUGGAGUUGAAGAAAGAAGGGCAUCAUGUGGCUGUAUUUGAGAGGAAGUCGGAUAUCCUUCAUGGAAUAUCCGGGACCUUUGGGAUUCGCUUACACAAGGGUCCCCAUUAUCCUCGUUCUAAGCCAACCCGGGAAGCUUGUCGGGAUGUUUUUAAAGAAUUUUGUCAAACUUAUCCGGACCUCGUUGUGGCGCAUGAGCGGUCUAUCUAUGGCCUCGGUCAAAAAGACGCUCUGGGAUAUGCUUCCAAAGUCACACCGGAAGUGUUCCAUGAUGUCUGUUAUGAAUCGCCGGAGUGUCGGACACUCGAUGUCAAGCAGCUUGGGUUUGCAGGGCUUAUAAGCGCUUAUGAUCUUGACGAGCCCAGCAUCGUUAUCGGAGAUAGGCUACGGAGUGCUCUUGAAAGGAGAUUGCACGAUGCCUCCGUAGAUAUACACUUGGGCUGUGAGGUGAAGGGUAUCACAAAAUCCGAUUCCAAGCAACAACUUUCAAUGGACACAGUUGUGCAUAGCUUUGAUGUGGCUUGUAUCGGCCUUGUUUACGAAGACCUAACGCCACAGGAUGCUCCAUUUCCAUUCAUUGUCAUGGAUGGAUGGUUCCCUUGCAUUAUGCCAGCUGUCUCAACCCAUGAACGGCCACAUAGGGAUUAUCUCAUCAUUCAUGGAGCGUACACCGUCAUGGGUUCGUACGACAGUCUCCAAGAAGCACAGGACCUUCUUGGAAGGCUUGAUGAUGCUGUUAUUGGAACGAAAGUCAGGUCACAUAUCGAGCAUGAGCUCGACCGGUUCUGGCCUGGAUACACCGCACGUUUCACUUACAAAGGCUGGAAAGGUACCACGUUGCCCAAAUUGAAAACAAGAGCAGAGUUCCGCGGCUCCCUCACUUUUGAAAAAGACGGCAUUAUCUAUAUCUUCCCUGGGAAGGUCAAUAAUGUUUUCAAUGCAGCUCAAGAAACCCUGACCCUCGUCGACCAUAUAGCUAAAGAAAGGACGGGAGUCUUGCCCUUGGCGCAAAAUGGCACUUCUUCAGUCCAUGCCUGUAACGGAGUGCGUUACACUACUGACGGUGCUAUUUCUACCGCUAGUCAAGAACUUGCAGACCAACCCGGCGCUGGGGAGCAAUCUACUAGCAAUCUCCAAAGUUUAUUCAUCAUGGAUCCUGGAUUCAAAAAGGGGGGUAAGCGGUAA